UGUCAAAGAGUUUGCUAAACAAAUUGGUGCUACUGCCAUUGAAGGAGACAACAGCAUUGAAACUUUUGCUGCUAAGCUGCACUCAUCAUCUAUUAAGCCCCGCCUCCUCAUUGUUGCUGAUUCCAAAACUGAUCGCAAGGUUUUCCUUUUUUGGUUAUUGUGAUCCUCCUUUCUUUGCUUCACUUUAUCUCAUUUAUGGAGUCCGAAUUCUUCUUGCAGGCUGUCACAGAAGCUUUCUGCUCCAACAUCAGGAUACCUGUCAUUGCAUUUGCUGAUGUGGAUGCUUCAAUGCGCUAUGUUGACAUUGGUAUCCCUGGAAAUCUCACAAAUAAGCGCUGCAUUGCUCGUCUUUUCUGGCUGUUAGGAAAGAUAGUUCGUCGGACGAGGAAUCAAAGCUGGAGGGUUCCGGUAUUAUCUAUUCUUGUUGUUGUUGUCAAGGUUUUAAAAGCUGAAAACUGAACUCGAGGUGGUAGAGCAAGUUGCCUCAAGGUGUAAGCCUUGAGGCGGAAUGAGGCAUAACCCUCAGUUCGACUUGAAAAAAAUAACAAUAUAAAAACCUUUUGGUACAACAAAAUGCAUAAUCCAUAAUUAUGUCAAAUAAGUCAUAAAGUCAUGUAUAAGUUUUCAUUUAAACCAAAAAAGGGGUCAAAAUAAAAAGGCAAUAAGAUAAUCAUAAUUCAUGGUAUCAUUUUGAGACUACAAUUUGAGUUUUCCAAGUCUUAUACUUCAAAACUUAGACUAUCAUCGCUCAUUUUAGCAACAUCAUCCAUAUUUUCAAGGGAUUUGUCAAUUUCAUCUCCAUCAUCAACAUCUGCAUCAUUAUUUCUAUCUGUGCCAUUUGUAACAUGUGCCCCUACAAACCUAACUUGAAUUAUAUACCAACCAAACAAUUGACUUUAUUGCAAGCUCAUUCUUAAAAAAAGUUAAUUGACCUUUGAAUUCAUUAUUCAUUUCAUCAACAUCCAAUGCAAGUUCAUCAUUUCCUAUGGUGUUGUUGUCAAUAACCCGCAAUUUCCUUGCAAUACAAGUGAGUCCAAUACAAGUUUGUCAUUUUCUUUGUUUGCAAUUUCCCAGCAGCUUUCCCCAAUUUCUUCAACAGUACUAUCCAGCAUUUGGAACAAAUAGUUUGCAUAUUUAAGUCAUCCGAUGAAUCAACGGAUCUUAAGACUACUGUCCCAAAUUGAUUAUUGACAACAAUAUUUAAAAGGCUUCAAUUUCUGAUGUCACUCCAACCAUUAGACAUAAUAGUCCCGCCAGUAUGUGCCCAUGUCUUUUACACUCCUUCCACAACAUCGUUGGUUGCAUCAUACUCUACUUUUAAUAUCUAUGUAUGGAGGUCAUGCAUAGAUAAUGGCUUAAAACCUGCUUCGUAAUUGCUAACAGAAUGCAUCAUCUAUAAUAAGAUGGACUAUUUGCAACAUUGAAUGAUAUGGCAUUCUCAAAGAUAAAUCUUCCCACGACAUACUAAAUUGCAUUGUUCUCGCACAGUGGCCUUAGUCAUUUUUGAAGGCUGGACAUCACCUUCUUUGUUUGAAUCAUCUUCAAACUAGAACGGCCAAGAAAAUGAUCCAUUGGUCCACGAGAAUUCAGUCCAGUGCCCAAAAUGGUUUUUUUAACCUACUUUUAAGUUGUUUCUAUAUUGCCACUAAUUUUAGUGGCAGUAUAGAAACAAAAUAAAACACAACGGCAUUUUUGACAAAAUAUAUUGGUUCAGCAUUUUUUAACUGCACUCCAGGGUUACAGGGCAAGGUUUUUUUAAAGUCCCAAUAGCUUUGUUUAAAAGGGCUGAAAUUGGCUUCAGCAGUGAGGCUGUAGCAUCACUUCCGCCGCAACGGCUUUGGAAAAACAAGGCAUGCGCCUUGCAGAUACCAACUGAUGCGGACGCCCCUGGGGCAAAAACAGACCACCUCGAGGCGGAUUGCCUUUUUUGCAUUUUAAAACCAUGCCUUGUUUGAGACAUGUCUUUUGCAAGUUCUGUUUAUAAUUGUGUGACUUUUCCUUACUCUAACAUGAAAUUCUCUUAAUGUGUUAGUGGGACGGAGGGAGUAUGUUUCAUGUCUGAGUUUAGCUUAUUGUGCUUGAAGAUAAAUUUUAAUUUCUUUUAUUUGUUUUGCUAGUUGGACCAAAGGGACCACCUGGUGAGUAUGGACCAAGAGUGAUUGUGGAUACAGAUGAUAUGCUUACUAGGGAUUUGGGCCGCGUGCCUCAUUUUCGUCAGUUGACCCGUGACGAAUUAAAUCAGCCCAUUUGGGGAGAUGCCCAAUGAAUGUAUAUAAUGUAAUAGUGAGACAAAGGGUUUGGGGGACGUGGAAACAUGACCCAAGGAAAUGUAUAUAACGACUGCUCUCUCCGUCUCACGGUGUAUUUGUCCAAUUUGAUUUUUGUGAGCUAAAUUGGAUAAAUUUUAAACAUUAAU